AUGUCGAAUCCGUCGUUUGAUUCACCUCGACGGUCUGCUGUGUUUGCCCGGCAGCCGGAGGAAUUGCAUAUACCAUCCACAGGUCUGAUCAAUUCGAAUUUGCCCCGUCAGCCUCCUUCCCAUGACUACCCCGCCACUUCAGAGCCGGGUGCAGGCGCUGGCGCAACCCAGGUCCCCUCGAUCAAUGUCCACUCGUCUUCACAGCCCCUGCAGUAUGGGACCGGCAGUGGAAGCAGCAAUAACACUCUACCAGGCGCCUUGACCCCGGGAGGUCAGAAUCGGCCUUCAGCUGUUUCGGUCAAUACAGCUCCCUCGGGCAUCCCCACCUUACCACAGGCAUCGUCGCAACAAGCCAGUCAUCGCUCCAGCAUGAUUAAUUCUCACGGCCACUCCCAGUCGAGCCCAGCUGGAUUUGAUCAGACCAUGUACAAACAACACGGUACGACGGAUGGCACUAAGUAUCCCUCCUCCCCGGGAGCAGGAUAUCCACCUCAAACCCCGCAAGGAUCCAAGUAUUCCCCUCUCGGUUUGGCAGAUGUUCGUCUUCCAGGUGAUCACCUUCUAGGAGACUCACUCAUGAGCCCAGGGGCGCUUCCAUAUAAUGGCGAAUCUCAGGUACCUACCAACAGCAGUUAUCUGGCGCCCUGGCCUAUAUAUGCGGUUGAUUGGUGCAAAUGGCCUAUCUCUGGGAAUUCGAGUUCAUUUGGAGGGAAAUUGGCUCUCGGAAGCUAUCUUGAAGACAAUCACAACUAUAUCCAAAUUGUCGAUACGCACUGGGCUCAGCCUGACCCUGAUACUCCAGACGCUGCCGCAGGAGAGAUCAAGCUUGAAUAUGUGAAAACAGCCGAAGCGACACAUUCGUAUCCAGUUACACGCAUUCUUUGGGAACCACCGUCAUCUCAAAAACAGUCUACCGAUUUGCUGGCAACAUCAGGCGACCACCUUCGUUUAUGGUCACUCCCUAACUCUCAACCUCUGCCAAGUUCAAACACCAUCACACGGCCCCCUAGUCAACGCGAUGCUCUCCCUGCAAAGCUUUCCCCGUUAGCACUGCUUUCCAACUCGAAAUCUCCCGAGCAUACUGCCCCAAUUACCUCAUUGGACUGGAAUACGAUAUCUCCCAGUCUAAUCAUCACAUCAAGUAUUGAUACGACCUGCACAAUCUGGGAUAUCCCAACAUUAACCGCCAAAACACAGCUGAUUGCACAUGACAAAGAAGUAUUUGACGUCAGAUUCUGCGCCAACAGCGUUGACGUCUUUGUGAGCUGUGGUGCGGAUGGCAGUGUUCGAAUGUUUGAUCUGCGAAGUUUGGAGCACAGUACUAUCAUCUAUGAACCAUCUGAAAAGACUGAUAGCAAGCCUGCGGUAAGCCCUGGCAAUGCCAGUCCGUCUGGUCCAGCAGCGGCCGCAUGGCCUCCCCCAUUAUUGAGAAUUGCAGCAUCCCCCCAUGACGCCCAUCUUCUGGCAACAUUCUCUCAAGACUCAAGCGUUGUCCGUGUUCUCGAUGUCCGGCAACCCGGUCAAGCUUUACUUGAAUUGAAAGGUCAUUCCGCUGCUCUUAACUGUGUUGAGUGGUCUCCAAGUCGACGUGGUCACCUCGCUUCUGGCGGUGAUGACAGCCUUGUUCUUAUCUGGGAUCUUAUCAAUCAACACAAUGCGGUUCCCCUUUCCCCUCCUGCUCAUACCGCCGGGGCUCAAUCUACAACCUCUGAGCGUGGUCCUACUGGAGUUUGGCAAUGUGAUUAUGAAGUUUCCAAUAUCAGUUGGUCACCGCAGGGCGGAUCCAACCACUCUGGGAAUCCACGUGAAUGGCUUGGAGUGUGCGGUGGACGUGGAAUCUGGGGCGUUUCGCUCUGA